GGUUGGCACUGCUAACCCAUUGCCAUUGUCAAAGAAAUGUCAAAAAAAUCGCCAUAAAUAUCAAACGAAAAACAUUAAAAAAUGGCAGCGGAAAUAAAACCAGCGACACAAGCAAACGACAAAUUUUGUACAACGAAAAAACCGGCGCUCCUCGCAAAAUUAGAAGGUUGUAGCGACGAAAUUAACGCUGCUGUUCUAAUCCCAGGGGAAGAUGGGGUUAUAAGUGUGUCAGACGACAAAACUGUCCGAGUAUGGUUAAAACGAGAUUCGGGUCAGUACUGGCCCAGCAUUUGUCAAUACAUGCCAAGCGGAGCAACUUCGAUAUUCUACACAGUGGAAACGCGCCAGCUUUUCAUAGGACAGGAAAACGGAACCGUAUCGGAGUUCUCACUGGCGUCAGACUUCAACCGAAUGAUGCCUGUCAGGGAGUAUUUAGCACAUCAGGCUAGAGUCACAGAAAUCAUUUUUGCUAUAAAUUGUGAAUGGGUUUUGAGCGUCAGCAGAGACAAGGUCUUUUCCUACAAUUGCACACAAACUGGCCGAAACAUCGGGAUCUACACGGCUGAAGCUUGGUGCACUUCCUUGCAAUUUGAUGCACAAACCAAACAUGCUUUCGUAGGAGAUUACUCAGGGCAGAUCACGAUGUUGAAGUUGGAUAAUUCAGGACCAAGCGUCAUCACAACCUUAAAAGGCCACUCGGGCUCUGUGCGUUCACUCGCCUGGGAUGCCGAAAGACAAAUGCUUUUUAGCGGCUCCUACGACCAAACUGUGAUUGUUUGGGAUAUAGGAGGCCAGCAAGGCAACGCGUACGAGCUUCAAGGGCAUCACAACAAAGUCUCAUCUCUGUGCUAUUUAAACAGCACAAAACAACUCGUCAGCGCCGGCGAAGACGGCGUCCUAGUUUUUUGGGACAUGAACCAAUCACGACAAGAAACACCAGAAUGGAUUGAGUCAGAUUUGUGUCAGUUGUGCGGAAGGCCCUUCUUCUGGAAUUUGCGUGCUAUGAUGGAUCAAAGACAGUUAGGUCUGCGCCAGCAUCAUUGUAGACACUGUGGGAAAGCCGUCUGUGAGAAAUGCUCCACAGGCAGGCUUACAAUACCGGUGAUGGGUUUCGAGUUUGCGGUGCGAGUCUGUGAUCCUUGUCAUGUACAAUUGAGAGACAAAGAGAGACCGUCGUUAGCCACAUUCCAUGACGCUAAACAUAGUGUCACAGCCAUGGGAAUUGAUGAAACUCGCAAAAAACUGGUGACGGUAGGUCAGGACCGGUUAAUUAAGAUUUGGGAUAUUUCUGCUCUGCUUUGAAUCUGACUGCUGAUCUAACUACUACAGGAAUGUGAUUCAACACUUUAUUAAUGUGCUAUGAUUUACUAUUAUGUAAAAUUUAAGAUUAUUAAUUCAUGUUAUAUUUAUAACUGUAUAAGUUCUAUUGAAAACAAUAAAUAUAUUAUAAUCUGUUUGA